ACUUCGUGACGACCGAUUCUGGUGUUCUGGUGUUACAGUUGGUAAACAGCGAAGCUACGCGAGUGUGUUUCCGUUAUUGGUUGAAUCGGCUUGGAAGUGGGUGCCGCAGGAGCAGUCUUUCGGUUCGAGGCAAUUUAAUUUGUGAGGAGGUGCGAGUGCGGUCGGACCUUUCGUCGCGUUGUCAGCGAGGGAAACUCAAUUAACAGGGGCUUUGCAGUCAACCCGCUCCCAGGACAUUCACGAUGCAGGCGGUGCACAAGUCUGCACACAGCAGCAGGCGGCUGAUGCUGUUGCUCUCCAUGCUGCUCAAUGCCGCCAUCCAGCCAAGCACCAUUGUUGUGAGUGCCACUGAUGAUAAUGGCAAUGUGUCGCCCUGCGAAAUGGAGGCCCUUAUAAAUCAAUUGAUGAACCCCAGUCCCGAGUAUCAGUUACACGCCUCCGCCUUGCGCAAUCAACUGAAGAACUUACUUCGUGAACGGCAGCUGCCAGUGGGCGAGGAGCAGCCCUUAGGCGAUUACUCAGACUAUGUGGAGGAGGAUAAGCGCUCGGUGGCUGCUCUGGCUGCCCAAGGCCUUCUAAACGCACCGAAGAGAAGCCUGGCCACUUUGGCCAAGAACGGACAGCUGCCUACAGCGGAGCCUGGUGAGGAUUACGCCGACGCAGAUUCCGGGGAGCCCAGUGAGCAGAAGCGCUAUAUUGGCUCUCUAGCCAGAGCCGGAGGAUUGAUGACCUAUGGCAAGCGCAACGUGGGCACACUGGCCCGUGACUUCCAGCUCCCCAUUCCCAACGGCAAGCGAAACAUCGCAACAAUGGCCCGCCUUCAGAGUGCUCCUUCCACCCACAGGGAGCAGCCAAAGCGGAAUGUGGCUGCCGUUGCGCGAUAUAACUCGCAGCAGAAUCACAACCAACGCGUCGGUGCUGAGAAACGGAACCUUGGAGCCCUGAAAUCCUCGCCGGUCCAUGGUGUUCAGCAAAAACGUGAGGACGAAGAGAUGCUCCUGCCUGCUGCCGCUCCUGACUACGCUGAUCCAAUGCAGAGCUAUUGGUGGUACCCCAGCUAUGCUGGCUAUGCUGACCUGGAUUGGAACGAUUAUCGCCGGGCAGAAAAGCGAUUCCUAGACACCUCCAAGGAUCCUGAAUUGUUUGGCAUCGAAAAUGGCAACGAUGCCAAUGCUGCUGUUGCAGCCACAGACGAGGCGGAAGAGGAGCCGGACUCGGAGGCGGCGAACGAGCAGGUGCCAUCGCCCCAGAAGCGUCACAUAGGUGCCGUUUACCGCUCCGGAUUCAUGCCCAGCUACCGCUACCUACGCAGCCCAGGGGGCGGUAGUGGCUACGGCGGGUCCGGGGGGCGUUUCAGUCGCUCGGGACGUGACGCCAGGCAAUUUGUCGGGUAUUACCCCCAACACGAGCGACUGCGUCAACCCACCGCAGCCGUUUGUAAGCAGUGUUUCAUACCAACUCAACCGAUGAUAAAUUGGAGUGGUGCUGGCAUACGCGGUCGUCUGUCUAAGUACUACGUGGAUCCUGAUGCCUCCCCAGCGCGCAUGCACAGCAUCUCCAGUAACUUGCUGCCAUCGGGACGUCCGCCGCGUCCGCUACUGCGCUCUGGGGCUUCAGUCUACUCCCCGUUCCACUCCUGGGGCACUCCGCCGCGUAUCACAGCACUGCAUCGACGCGAAUUUCGACGCAACUCGGACAAUUAUGAAUACUAAAUAUCGAUAAUAUACUCCUUAUCCAAAUUAUGCGAUACAGAUUACCUUACCGUAACCGUAGCCAGAAUGUAUAACUACGCCGUAAUAAACUGAAAGUAGAUCCUCCAGCAGUCACACAAAACACCUGCGGAACUCCCAAGUGCCGAGGCUUACGAGUAAAAUCGGAAGCUCUAAUUGGAGAGGCUCCACUAUCUAGGAUCUCUAGUGCUCUAACUCUCAAUAUAUAAAUUAUAUUUACAAAUCUGAAGUAACUGAUACAAGUGCAAAGCAAAACAGAGAUAAAUAUCAAAGCAAGCCAUAUCCCUAUUAUUUAAACUCUUAAAGGAAACGUUAAGUGUAAUUAGUAUACCUCAAAGAACUCUAUCCUUUACUGCUAAAAUACUGAAACCUGUUUACAUUCCUCUUUCCUAACGUCUUGUAUGUGUAUAUGACAAUAAAUAUUUCCCUAGGUCAAAGCUAAGUAUUGCCACCAACGAUCGUUGAUAUAUGAGAGUGUUAAGCAAACUGCGUCAAAGACAAUAAAAUUUGGUGAGAAUUGAAGAAAAUAUCGAUUUAUAUAUACAAUAAUAUAUACUAUACAUAUAUGUAUCUCAGACAAUAAAUAAAAUAUGGACAAUAAAUAUUACAGGGGUAUCCUGUACUCCUACACGUCAUUUGGAUUGAUUUUAACUUUUUCAAAUCAUUGGUUGCAAAUACGAAAUAUACGAAUAAAAUAUAUAUCUAAAUAACUGUAUGUAAUAAUAAGUCUGAUGUCGUCAAUAAUUAAUUAUUAUGAUUAUGAAUUUUCAAAUCAAAGUACUCCAAAUGUGAAAGGUUAAUCAAAUAAUGUAUUGCAAAGUAUUUACGUCACCUAUAUUUAAAACCUAUCCGAGCGCGAGCAAGAGGUUAAGCUGUAAGAGCAGGAACAGAGCUUAAACUCGCAGCGAAGUAUCCAAUAACUAUCAACGUUAGUAUCUGUAUACACUUAUUGAAUAUCGUAUGAAAUAAAUAAUAUACAACUAUUACUGGUUUGUUCCUAUAAUACAA